AUGGGGGAGGUUCUCGAAUACCAUUCACUCUCCGAACCUCAAUCUAUUUCUGAUGAGAGCCAAGUUCUUUCAUCCACUAUAUCCGAAAUGGAUGAGUGCGGAAUUCCCAAAUUUUUACAAAAUUCAUAUCUAAGUGGUACUCCACCACCAGCAUUUUCAACAUUACGACCAUGGCAACGAUCAUUGUUACUAAAAGCUGAAUGGCAACUGCAAAAGAAUGCAAUAGUCCUUGCUCCAACAGCUGGCGGAAAAACAUUAAUAGCAGAAGUUGCAUUUGCACAAGCAUUAGAACGUAAUCCAUCAGCUAAGAUUCUGUAUUGCGUACCAUUUGUUGCACUUGCAACUGAAAAAUACAAUUUAUUUACUCUUAGAUUUCCAUCAGUCACAGUAAGGGCAUAUUAUCAUGACAUAGGUGCAGGACCAUUGACACAAAGAUCUAUAGGCGUUUGCACAUACGAAAGAGCUCACUCUCUUAUUAAUUCUUCCGCAUCCGGAAAAUUUGAUCUUGAUUUAAUUGUCAUAGAUGAAUUUCAUAUGCUAGAUGAUAACGAUAGAGGUGCAAACUUAGAAUCAUUAAUAGUAUUAUCUAUGCUACUACCAAGCCACCCGAGAAUCAUAGGAUUAACAGCAACUUUAACACCAGAUGAUGCCGUUAAGCUUUCAAUAUGGCUUGGUGGAUUCUCAUUCAAAGCUGAAAUAAAUGAAUCGCCUUCAAGGCAGCAAUUUUAUAUUUGUAGACCAAACGGAGAAUUGUGCCCCGUUAGGAAAGGGUAUAUAUGCCCAGCUUUCAGAACUCUAAAGAAAGAUGAUAAGUUCUAUAUAUCAUCAAUCAUUGCGCCAUUUAUGAAGAUGAAUUCGAAAAAUGUCUUGAUUUUUGCUCAAACAAGGAAAGAAAGCGAAGAAAUAGCAUUAUCAUUGGCACAAAUGCUCGGUAAUAUAAAUAAGGAAGAUGAAAACAUUCAAACCGAACGAAAGAAAUUAUUGGAAAAAUUAGAUGAGUCAUUUUCUUGUGUUAUGAAUGGAAUUGCAUUCCAUCAUGCUGGCUUGACUCAAGAAGAAAGAUCAUUAAUCGAAGAUGCAUUUCGAAAUGGAAUCAUCAAAAUAAUUGUUGCCACAUCGACGCUUUCUGCAGGUGUUGACUUCCAAAACAUAUCAGUCGUUGUAAUUUUAUCAGCAUUCAAGAGUAACUUACAGAUAUCACCAAGUAAAUUUAUGCAAAUGUGCGGAAGAGCAGGAAGAAACGAAAGAUCAUCAGGAACAGUUGUGGUAGUUGAACGAUUUAAUAGCGAUGAAACCCAAAUCUUAAGGCUUAUGAGGAACGAGAUUCCUCCUAUCAAAUUGAAAUUAAUUGAAAACCAGAACGAACUUGCCAAAACAAUUUUGCACAUGCAUGCUUUCUUUACGAAGCAAUCAAUUGGGAAUUUGAAGAGCGUUCUUUAUUCUUAUAUUAUUGAAGGCAACGAAGUUUCUCAAGAAAUCCAAGCUGCUCUAGACUCUCUAAAGAGCAAUGGAAUGUGCAUCUCUCCCAAAGUAUCAAAAUUCGGAAGAGCUGUUGCUCUAAGCAACCUUAAUAUUAAUAAUGCUAUUCAUUUAAAUGCAAUUCUAAGGAAAAAUAUGAGAAACUUUAUGAUGUCUGAUGAAGCAUUUACUAUGUACCUUUGCUGUUAUCCUAAUAUUUCAUUCCUCAGAAUACCAAAUUAUAAUGAAGACAUUUGGUCUGUUAUUAUGAAAAGGCACUGCGAAGCUGCUAACGCAAUUCUUAAUUCAGCAAGCGACAUCAUUAAAAUCAGAGCUUCUGAUUGCGAUAAAGGUCUUCCAAAAAUGAAUGAUCAAAAUGAUGAAAUUCUUGGAAAAAUUUUUGCUGCUGCUAUUUUGGUAUCGUUUUCAGAAGAAAAUUCUGUAGAUUCUAUAUCAAAAACACACGGAGUUGAUAAAGGAGCUGUAGAAAAUCUCAGGGAUUCAUCUGUUGUCUACGCAACGCAAGUUGUUAAAUUCUGUGAAGCCUCUGGUUUCAGAGAAAUCUCAGCAAUUUUAGCAGUUGCAAGAAAUCGAAUUCAACAUGGUGCCAAAAAUGAUGUUAUUCCUCUUAUGUCAUUAGGUUGCUCUCAGUCAAUUGCACGGUCUUUGUUUAGUGCAGGUAUAACUUCCAAAUAUGAUAUUGAAAAAUGCUCAUUGGAUAAACUCAUUUCUAUUAUCUCUGCAUCACAAAUCAAUAGCACAGUAUCUUCUGUCGAUUGUGCUAAGAAACUGAAGCAAUCAGCGAUUCGAGCAAUCACAGCAGAAGAAACUCUUUCUCAAUUUGAAGAAAGAUCUUUACAUGUUUAA